GAAAGAGGAAGAGGGGGACAUUUGCUUACAAAAGGAAGGAGAAACUGGACUAGAAACCCUCAGGUUCAGAGGAUUAAACUGCAGAGAUUGAGCAUUGUGGCUCUGCCUUUCUCUGAGCAUUCCUUGAAAUGGCAUACUCAAAUUACGGGAAGAAUUUCUUUGAAGGGCCAUUAGAUGAAGAAAAUGUGAUUCUUACAUUGUAUCCAGUUAAUGAGGAAAUUAUUGAAGACCAUCAAGUGGAACCAGGUGUUUCUUCAACUUCAGAAGUCAAAGAGGAGGCACUGAAUACAAAUAAUCAAGUUCCUCUUCCUCAAACAAAUGAGCUUGAGGAAGAUUGUCCAAGUUCUAGCUUUAGAAGAUCAUUUUGUCCCUUGCCGACCACAUUGCCUCCGAUUAACGAUGUGAGUCGGGACACUUUGCGGAACUGGUGCCAACAACUUAAGCUGAGUACCGACGGCCAGAAAAUAGAAGUUUAUCGGAGACUCCAGGAACAUGCUUUUCCUGAAAAAGUUCAGUAUAUUCCUAAAUCAUCACGGGAGGCCCGAAUGCACUCAUGUUCAAGGAAACACAGCAUGGUGACCAAGAGGGGAAGUGUACAGAAAAGGAAGAUGAGUGAGAAUGAGGAAAGGACUAACAUGGUUGAGGUGGUAACUUCAGCUCAGGUAGCCAUGCUGGCAGCAUGGUCAAGAAUUGCGGCAAGGGCUGUUCAACCAAAGGCUGUGAAUUCACGUGCCCUUCGUGCCUCUGAAUCCUUUCUGCCACAAGCCUCAGGUGUCCGGUGGUGUGUGGUCCAUGGCAGACCGCUCUUGGCAGACACAGAAGGCUGGGUUCGCCUGCAGUUCCAAGCAGGUCAGACCUGGGUGCCUGACACCCCCAGGAGGAUGACCUCCCUCUUCAUGUUACCUGCCUGCACUUUUGCACCCCCAGACCUGGAAGACAACCUGUUAUGCCCUGAAUGCACUAAGAGGAAUAAGAAGAUUAUGAAAAGAUUAAUCACAAUGGGGAGGAGGAAGAAACCUGGUUUGGAUACAUCAACAUCAUUGCUUUCAAAUGGACCACGUUUUAAAAAACAAUAAGUGAUUACCAGAAGGGAAGGAAUGGGAGGUAGAGAAAUGGGUGAAGAGGGUAAUUUUAUGGUAAUCAUGGUAACUAGAUUUUUGUAGUAUCAAAUAUCGAAUUACUAUGUUGUAUAUCUGUAGUGGGUGUGUGCAUGGGUGUGCUCAAUUACUCAGUCAUUCAGUUGUGCUCGAUUCUUUGGGAACUCAUGGACUUCAGUCUGCCAGGCUUUGCUGUCCAUGGUAUUUUCCAGGCAAGAAUACUGGUGGAGGACUUGCCAUUUCCUUCUCCAGGGGAAACUUCCUGACCCAGGGAUCAAACCUGCAUCUCCUGCAUUGGCAGGAGGAUUCUUUACCACUGUGCCAUCUGGGAAGCCCUGUACAUUUGUAACGUAAUGUUUUAUAUGGUUUUACCUCAAUUUUUAAAAAGUUAGAAUUCACCACUGAAGUCAUCUGGUCUUGGACUUUUGCUUGAUGAGAAGUUUUUGAUUAUUGAUUCAAUCUACUUACUAGUAAUCAGGGGGAAAAGGAUAAAUGGUGGAGAGCCCACAGUUAAAGUGAUUCACAUUCCAAUGACUGCUAUACUCUGUUCUAACCAUCCUCAGAGUGGCCUGAUACCUUAAGUACAGAUGGGAAUGUCUGUAUUCUGUACUUAAGGUUUACCUGAAAGUGACUGUUACUAGCUAUGUAUUGAUAGAAUGUAAUUUGGUUUUGUUUAGUUAAUACAUUUUUUUAGCAGUUUUUGACUUGAUGCUGAAAACUCCAUUGUCUGGAUGUACCAUAAUAUAUCCAUUCAUAUCUUGAAGGCCACCUUGGUUACUUCCAAGUUUUGGCAAUUAUGAAUAAAGCUGCUAUAAACAUU